UCAGUUUUCGCCGCUGGAACUGGAUUGGAUGUGCUGUUCUCCAUGUACCUCAGGUUUAUCAGCAAAUCUACAACCUGUUCUGAUAUCUCUGUUGAAUUGCAGGUUAUGGCUUUGAAGGAAAGAGGACAGAUUAAUCUCUGAGGAAGCAAAAGCCACAAGUGGUUUGAUGCGAAAAGGGUGAAGAAACCGAAAGAACAAAGGAGGAGGAAGACAAAGAAGAACGAGAUAAGAAGAUCACUGAUUUUCUCUGUUCUGAAAGUGAUUGUGUUGGCUCUGUGUUUGGAGUUAGGGUUUAGUUUGAUGCGAAAAGGGGUUUUAGAAUCUGAGUUUACAGAGGAGAUAGUGAGGAUCUCUGAUGACAGAUCUCAUUCUGGUCGUGAUGUUGGCGAGAAAGUGACGAUCUUGGAAGAUGAGUUAAUGGGUUUUGUUAAAAGUGUAAACGUUUUGAGAUGCAGAGGUUCCAAUUCCAAUUGGAGAAUCAAUCAGGAUGGUCUGAUGUUGAAGUCUAAAAGUGUGUAUAAAUCUGUAACUGAAGAGGUGAGUGUAUGGGGAUGGCCUUUGCAGACAGGUGAAUUGUUUGGUACUGGUUUCUCCUCAAGUUUGUUCACCGUGUUAUCAGGCCGAGUUACUGAUUGGUCAGAGGGGAGAUUUGGUUACACGGUACGUGAGGCCAACAUUUCGUGGGGGAAAACUAAAUGGAGCACAUCGGUUCUGCAACUAGAUCAUAGCACAUGGGUUCUUGAGUACAGUCUAAGCUCAGUGAUAAAACAUUCGAGUUUGUUGUCACUAGGAACAGAUGUCCUAGCACACAUGAUGUUCCAAGCAGCAAAGAAUGUAAACAGAAGGGUUUUGUGGAUGUUUUCAGCCUCACGAAUCUUUAUAGUGGAGUGGUAACAGAGGAGGGUAGCACAAUGACACCAACUUAGAAAACUUAUAAGGAAAAAAAAAGUUAGUCAUGAACAUAUAAGUGCUUGUGACUGUUACUGUGUAGCUAUUAUAUAUUUUUAAAGAUAUCAUUUUUUGGUUAA